AUGGAAGACAUGCGACAUGGUCAACAAGUUGGUAACGUGGUGAUUGGAGUUGCUGGUGGUCCAGUUGGUCCAGGUAAUGUUGGUGGUGGGGUUGUUGGUGGUGGCGGUGGUGGUGUUGGACCUGUAUUAAAUCAUUCAACAAAUAAUUCUCAUCGUCGAGGUAGAGCAAGAGUUACCAUGCAUGCAUUGAUGUCUGAAGCUUUGCCCUUGUACGAAGCAGCAAGAUUAGAAAUGAAAUCAUUACCAUCCAAGACACCAGUGUCUGUACUUCAAGAAUUGUUAUCACGACGUGGUACAACUCCAAAAUACGAACUGGUACAGAUAGAAGGAGCUGUUCAUGAACCGACAUUUCGUUAUCGGGUAACCGUUGCAGAUGUCGUUGAUCCAAUUGUUUCAGCUAUGGGGACCGGCAGGUCCAAAAAAGAUGCUAAACACGCCGCGGCUAAAGCUGUGUUAGAUAAACUAAUUGGGGUUAAUUCAAGUGAUGCUGCUGUUGAUCCGCAAAUUAAUAACAUUAACGACUUGCAAAGUGCGCAACCAGAUGCAGAGGGUAAUUACGGAGAAGAAAAAGUUGUAAACAAUCCAAUCGGAUCACUCCAGGAAAUGUGUAUGUCACGUCACUGGCCACCACCGAAAUACACAAUGGAAGGUGAAACAGGCCUUCCUCACGAGCGUCAGUUUACGAUCGUCUGUGCUAUGCUAAAAUACCGACAAGUUGGCCAGGGUAAAAGUAAGAAGCUCGCAAAACGUCAAGCUGCUCACAAAAUGUGGCAGGCCUUGCGUGAUACAACUGAUCCAGUAACCAACCCUGGAGGUGGUCUUGAUGGCGAUGAGAUUGUCGAGAGGAAUAUUAACUUGGCUGCACGCUAUACAACACUAAAAGAUAGCAAAAUUUCUACACUCACCACUCCUCACAGUCAUAAAGUUUCGCAAUUUCACAAGAACCUCAAGUCUUCCACCGGAGAUAAAUUAUCAGAGUUACAGAAUACAUGUCUGAAUGAUGGAGUAAUUAAUUUGGUUCAAUUCUUGCAAGAAAUAGCAUCUGAACAAUUAUUUGAAGUAACUUAUGUUGAUAUUGAAGAAAAAUCAAUCAGCGAAUACAUGUCUGAAUGAUGGAGUAAUUAAUUUGGUUCAAUUCUUGCAAGAAAUAGCAUCUGAACAAUUAUUUGAAGUAACUUAUGUUGAUAUUGAAGAAAAAUCAAUCAGCGGUAAAUGCCAGUGCCUUGUGCAAUUAUCAACUUUGCCAGUCGCAGUAUGUUAUGGUAGCGGUAUUACCAGCAAAGAUGCUCAAGCAGCAGCAGCACAGAAUGCCCUUGAGUACCUUAAGAUAAUGACAAAAAAGUGAGCCAGUGUAAUAUAAGUGAUAAAAUAUAA